UUUAUUUUUGACAAUCACGUUUUUUAAAUUUUUUAUUUUGUGUCAAAUUUUUGAGUAUCAAAAUUUUCAAAAUGAUUCGUUUGGUGAAAUCAAUGAAGUAUACACUUAUCAACUCCCUAUAUAGUGCAAAGCGCCAGACUGAGAAAUAUCCUGCAGUUGGUAACAGAAUUUACACAUUUGAGGCCCUUAAUCCAGUACUGCAAAGAAGUGAAGCGCAACCGAUUACUGGUGGACUAUUUGCUCGUUACCUGUGGACAAGGCAAUCUGAUAGUUUUGCGCUUCAGUUGGACGAUCAGAAAUUUAGACGAUUUUGUAAGCUUAUGCCAUCUAUGGACGAAAAAAUAAAUGAGUGUGGCAAAUUUAAGAGGUUAAAUUCCAUGCUGGAAUUAUCUGCAGAAGACAACACAGUAGUUUGGUUUCCUGAAAAAUACAAAGCAUAUCCUAGGGUAUUUAAACCACAAUUACUUGACAAUAAGAAAACUGAUUGGCAUGAGAAUAUUUACCAAUUUUUAUGCGGAUCUAAUGUGGAGAGUACUGAUGCUAUGAUAAAGAUACUUCCAACAACUCUGAGGUGUGAUAAUUUAGCUGAAAUGAGUGAGAGAAACAUUAUUUCGGCCUUUGGAAAUCAACUCCAAUGCAUACUGAGGGAGCCAUCCAAUAAUUUCACAAUUCUCCUUUGCAAAUCUAUCGAAAAAUAUAAUAAAAAAUUAUCUCCCCUAUAUAUUGCUUUUGAUAAUGCAGAUGGAGGGGGAGUUAACAACAAAUUCGUGGAACAUAUUCGAGCUUUGAUUGUUCCGCAUAAUAACGAAAGUUUACGAAUUUUACUUCCAGUCGAAUUGUCUGAAGAGGACCUUUUUAAAAUACUAAAAAUUUACACCAACGUUUGUUCUAGAGAAAAUGGCUUUAUUAACUCCCAGAUAAUUUUUGGAUGCUUUGUAUUUAAGCCUGGUCUGGUGUUGGGGCAUUGAUCCAUAUUUAACUAGAACAAAAAUUUCUUAGGCAAAAACAGUUCAGGAAAAAUGGUUGGGUAUAAAUUUACGUCUUCUUAAAAACAAAAUUAAUACAAAACAUAUUAGCAUUUAAAGAAUAUUAAGAAAACUACUGAUUACUCGUAUUCACCUAUUUGGAAAAAUUUUACAAAUGAAUUUGAAUUGGGGACUAGAGAAUAAUUUUACUUGACUUAUUAAAUUACCUUAUAAUGAAAUGUUAUGUUGAUGA